UGGAGGGUGGAGUCGCGGCGGCGCCGGCCUAGGGAGGGGGUGCGGUGGCUUUGGAGUCAGGCACUCCUUCUGGCCACUGGCGCUAUGUUGGCUGCUGCGGAUCGGGCCCCACGGCUGGCGGGGAUGUGACAGGGGGUCCCUCCCCUUACCUGCGGUGCUUGGACCGUAGGUCGCUGGGUGAACCGCAGGUGGGCCUCGGCCGGCCGAGGAAGAACGCUGCCGCACGAUUUUGUCGAAUUUUAAGAACAAAUGUACAUUAUAGCUCAUGGAAGAAAAAACACAAAUCAAGGCUUUUUUGGGUUCCAAGUUGCCAAAGUAUGGAACAAAAUCUGUAAGAAGCACACUGCAGCCAAUGUCAAGUGGGACACCCAUUAAUUUAUUAGGAACUUCCAAGAGUAACAAUGUGAAAAGUUACGUCAAAAAUAAUGGCUCUGAUUGUCUAUCAUCUCAUCCAUUGAAUUGGAGACCGGCAACUAAAUACCAACUUAGUGCACAAAGUACUGAAGAGUCUAAUGAUACCCAAAGUUCACCUGAUAAAGUAAUUAAUCCUGAAAAACAUACAUCUGCUCAAGGAAUGUUUGCUAAAAAUGGGAUAAAGGGGGGUUUGAAAAAUGUUUCUUUAUUCACAUCAAAGUUAGCAAAGCCCUCCACUAUGCUCUUAUCAUCUACAGAAGAGUUAAAACAAAAGUCUUUGUCUGGACCAUCUAAUUUGGGUAAAUUCACCAAAGGCACAUUAUUAGGAAGGACUUCAUAUCCUUCAAUCAGUGCUCCAAAAUCACAGCUGAAUGGAUUUUUUGGAAAUCGAUUGGCUGGUAGCAUACAAAGGCCUAGAGCAAACUCCUGUGCUACCAGAAGCAGUUCUGGAGAAAGUUUAGCACAAUCCCUAGACAAUAUUAAAUCUCUUACUUGUGAAAAAAUGGUAAGGUCACAGAGUUUUUCACAUUCCAUUCAGAAUUCAUUCCUUCCACCUUCAUCUAUAACCAGAUCACAUUCCUUCAAUAGAGCCGCAGAUCUUAGUAAGCCUUAUCAGAGCCAACAGCUGCCCAUUAGAGUGCCUCUGAGGUCAACUGUGCUAACAAGAAAUUCCCAGCAGUCAGAAGUAUUCAAUGGGAAUGAACUAGGAUAUGGAUUUAAUAGGCCUUAUGCUGCUACUGGAAAGAAGCUGGCGAUACCAAAUGGCCCAGGUAUAACUUCCACUUUGGGUUAUAGGAUGGCUCAUCCCCCUCUACUGAAAUCUAGUCGAUCUCCAUUUUCUGGGACUAUCACAGAAGAUGGUAACAAAAAUUCACCUGCUGGCACAUAUGUAAAGGAAGAUACUGUACUUUUGGCUAAGGACAGAGCUACUGACAAGGACCAAGAGCUAAUUGAAAAUGAUAAUUAUAGAACAGAAAAUGGUCAGACCAUGAAGCAUGAUGCUAAAAUUAGAUACUUGAGUGAUGAUGUGGAUGACAUUUCCUUGUCUUCUUUGUCAUCUUCUGAUAAGAAUGAUUUAAGUGAAGACUUCAGUGAUGAUUUUAUAGAUAUAGAGGAUUCUAACAGAACUCGAAUAACUCCAGAGGAAAUUUCUCUCAAAGAAGAAAAGCAUGAAAAUGUACCAUCAAAGGAUAUAUUUGAUUCCCCCAAGGAAAAUGAAAAAUCCAUCAGUAAAACUGAUGACUGGAUAGAUAUAAGUGUCUCUGAAAGGAGUGAAUGUACAAAACAUAAUUCUGGGAAUAACUUGAUUUCACCAGAUACAGACUACAGAGUUGGUUCUUCAUUUGAACUCUCUCCAUCUGAUAGCUCUGAUGGAACAUAUAUGUGGGAUGAAGAGGGCUUGGAGCCCAUUGGAAAUGUCCACCCAGUUGGGAGCUAUGAGUCCUCCGAAAUGAACAGCAUAGAUAUUCUGAAUAAUCUUGAAUCAUGUGACCUUGAGGAGGAUGACCUUAUGCUGGAUGUAGAUCUGCCUGAGGAUGCACCUCUUGAAAAUGUCUGCCUAGUGGAGCGUGACAAUAUGAAUCGCUUUGAUCGAUCAGACAGAAGUGUCCGGCAGUCUCAGGAAGGAUUUUGGAAAAGGCCACCCCAGAGAUGGAGUGGACAGGAACAUUACCACCUCAGCCAUCCUGACCGCUAUCAUCACCAUGGAAAAAGUGACUUGAGCAGAGGCUCUCCCUACAGAGAAUCUCCUUUGGGUCAUUUUGAAAGCUAUGGAGGGACCCCCUUUUUCCAGACUCAGAAGAUGUUUGUAGAUGUACCUGAAAACACAGUGAUACUGGAUGAGAUGACCCUCCGGCACAUGGUCCAGGAUUGUACUGCUGUAAAAACUCAGUUGCUCAAACUGAAACGUCUCCUGCACCAGCAUGAUGGAAGUGGUUCAUUGCAUGAUGUCCAGCUAUCAUUACCAUCUAGUCCAGAACCAGAAGAUGGUGAUCAAAUAUGUAAGAGUGAAGAUUUAUUAAAUGAAAUAAAACAACUUAAAGAGGAAAUAAAGAAAAAAGAUGAAAAAAUCCAACUAUUAGAACAUCAGCUUGCAACUCGAUGUAACUGUCACCAAAAAUCUAAAGAGGAAAAAUGCACAUAUGUCAAUAAAUAUACUCAAACACCCUGGAGAAGAAUUCCUGGUGGGUAUUCUGCUCCCUCCUUCUCUCCUUGGCAGGGCUCCUUCCAGGGGAUCCCACGGACUGUUCCACCGCACCGCAGACAGAGAGUUGAGAAGUUAGUCCAUUACUUCUCUGACAAAGCGUGCCUCAAGUACUACAGCCUUCCAGCAGCCUUCCCAGACCCACAGACCACACCCAGGGAAAACUAAUAAAAUCACAACAUACCGAGGACCACAGUGAAUGCACAGCCCAGGGCAUACAUCAGGGUACUGCGCAUCUGGAUGAAAGCUUUACACAUAACUUGCAACGAGAAAGCAACUGUGGUGUGGAAGACUGGCCUUUUUCCUCAAGCCCACAAUUCACUAAGGAUGUGGCUAAGAGUAUACCUUCAGAAGCAGACUUGAACAUGACCGUGGAUGCUCAAGAGCCUUAUCAUUUGGCAAAUGAUCAAAUUAAUGACUUUCAGAUUGUACCCACUUCUCCUCAAACACUUACCCAGUCAAGUGCAGUCGACCAGGCUAAGAGAGUUGGAAGAAAUGAGUCUUCAUUGGAGGACUACAUGUGUCAGCCCAAAUCCUUACAGCUUUUUAAGCCAUCCAUCUUAAAUUCUUUGGUACCUCCUUCAGUUUCUGAAUCAUCUCCCAGUAGGACUCCCACUUACAAGAACUCACCAAUAAUUGCACCAUGUAAUUCAGCAAAACUUAAGCUAACAUCUAGUCAAACAAAUCUUGCAAACAAUCUAAGUCUAAAAGCAUCUAAGCUCCGCCCGCCUUCUAGCUGUUUCAAACAAAAACAAAUAAGUAACCCCCGACCAGAGGCUCAAAACUUUCAGGCCAAGACAAGCAUCCCAAGGCCACUAACAAAAAGAAAAGAGAUCAUGCAGAAUCCGAAUGGCAAUAUGAAUUCUGGGGAUUGUUUGGCUUCUAAUCGAUAUUCUCGUCUUCCUAAACCAAAGAUACAUUAAGUACAUAGCCAUCACUUGCCAAUUUGUUGUUUUAAAAAAACAACCUGUUCUGUAAUAGCUUUACAUGCAGUUUGCUGCCAUGAUGGAGCUUGCAAAAUCUCAAAAAUUAAAAUGUAGAUCCUUCUACUAGUUCGGGCUUUUCCAUUCUAUAUACUGGUUGAAGUACAUAGCAUUUGAGUGUAUUUGUCUCAGGUAAACACAGAGUUUGCUUACCCAUCUCAGAGGCCUACAGACAGUUCUAAUCAUGUUGUCCAUACCUUUGCACAUCAGAAAAUCUAUAAUAUUUCGCCUAGCAGGCAAGAAAUGUGCUUUGCUUAGUUAGUCCUUUUAAGGUCUGCAUUAAUUGUGGUUCUCAGAUCCUUUUUUUCACUUGUACCUCUUGUGAAUAUGGUAUUAUUUUAAAUAAAGAUUUGGUGAUAAUGGAAGAUGGUAGUCUGUAAGCAGAGUUCUGGCCAGUAGUUUGUAUAUUUAAAAAGUCUAUGCAAAAGCUCUGUGAUAAAUAAAGGAGAUCAGGCCUUCAAUGGGAAGUCUACGUAAGUUUUCAUUUCCCUACGUAAAUUUUCUUUUCCCUAGGAUCAGUGUUUAUUUACCAAAUACCCCAGGCUAAAAUGUUUCAUAUUAUAUAUAAAUCAUUUAUAUAUUACUUAAACAUUUUGUUUUAUACACACACACCAUUGUGUUUCUUUUUGCUACUGGAUAAAUUUUGGAAAGCUUGAGAUAUAUCUUGAAACCCGUACCUAAAGCUGUAUUCAUUUACAACAUGUUGGUGUUAGAGUUUUGCUGGUAAUUUAGUUUUAAGCCCUACAGGCUUAUGGAUCCAUGAUAGCUGUUUCAGAGUUCCAUCGCAUAUAUAUUGUCUUUAUUGUAAUAUGUAUAUUUAUUUACUUUCUGCUAAUAUCUGAAGACUGGAAUAAUGGACUUGAAUGUUUGCACAAAACUUUGAUGGGCUAUAAAUAUCUCAUAAAUAGGGAUUUAAGACUUUUCUGCAGCAAAACAAGUUAAAAUAUUUUGACAAUAAUUAUAAACUUAAGUAAGGCUAUCUUGAAAGCUAGCCAUUCACAGUACUUUUGUUUUGCUGAGUUUUUCAGGUUUCCCUUUUAUGUUGGUAUAUGUUUCAAUGACAGUUUCUUGAUAAGUAGAUUUUAGAAACAAAACAGUUAGAGAGGGGAAAUUAUGUUUCAUUAAAAAGUAUUAAAAGAUAUUUCAAUGGCAGUAUGUUUAUUUAGUGUGCUAGGAAGGUAGCAGUGGAAGCCCCAAGGGACCAGACAUACUAACCUAAUCAUGCUUCGGGCACUCUUCAGAUGGUUCAGUAAAUUUGCCCUCCUGUUCUCUCAAAUCAUGUCCUCUUUAGGUUAUUCACCUGUUUCUGCUUUAAUUAGAAUUAUUGUCUUUCAAAGAGAUAGGCUUUUACAAUGUAAAUUUUUGUUGUGAUCAGCUGACCUUAAAAAUGUAUCAAAAGGGUCUCUGGCCAAAACGUCACUCAAAUUUGUAGGGAUUCCUUUUGAAAAUGUACAUUGGUGAAAUUGUGUGCACCCUUUUAGAGAAAUAACAGCAUGUGUUUUGCUGCACAGGUGGCAAACACAAGGCCUGUGGGCCGAAUGCGACCCUCCACCUUGUUUUAUCCCGCCCAGCACCUUGUUUCUACCCGGCGGCAGCACUGAGCUCUUGCUUAACUGUUAAGGAGCAGUUACAUUUAUACAGUCCUAAAAUUACAUUCGGCCCUUUGAAAGCAACUGUGAGGCUGAUGUGGUCCCUGGUGAAAAUGAGUUUGACACCCCUGUUUUACUGUAAAGUUCGAGAGGUGAUUACAACCAUUUAGAUGCAGUCUUCCCUUACCAUUAGAGUGAAUUUGCCGUUCACUGGUUACAAAUCAUUCUUGGAUUUGGUAACAGGAGAGCAUCAUAUUCUCAUUUGACAACACUUCUUCAAGAGAAGCACACUAGUUCAGAAAAUGUGUCACAUUGUCCAGAUACUGUUAGUAUAAAGUGACUAGACAUACCAGCAAAACUCCAGUUUGUUCAUAGAGACGACCAGUGAUGGCUGCAGCUCUAAGUGGGUACGUGUGGCCCUUCAUUUUGAAGGAGAAAGAAAAUUUUUAUCUUGCAGAUGGGAUGUUAUCACACUAUAUUUCUUUAAAGUAAAACAUCAACCGAUGAAUUAGGAGGGUUUUGGUUAAUUUAGAAGUUGAUAGAGACUUUUCAGGCACAUCAUUAGAGGGCAGGGUUCUUUGGAAAAGACAAUACUGGGAAACUAGAAGGCAACAGGAAAAGAGGAAGACCAGCUUAUGAAAUAGAUCGACUCCAUAAUGUAAGUGAUAGGCAUGAGUCCACAGGAGCUGAGCAGGACUGGUGAGGACAGGACAUUGCAGACGCCCCGCAUCCAAAGGGUUGCCAGGAGUUGGAGCUGACUUCACAGCUUGUAACACCUACACACAUAGACUAUAAAAUUAUUUACAAGUAAGCCUUUAUCUUUAAGGGAAAGUUUUAGUUUUCUACAUUAUUUUUAACUCCCUAGUCUGAGGUCUGAAGGAAAUGUCUUUGUCUAUUACAUAAAAAUAAUGCCUUCUGCAAUUUGUUUAUUCUGAUAUUUUUCUUCUCUUUUUUCUCCCUGAUGAAUGCAGAAAUAUGAGUCAACCCAUGAGUUCAAAUUCUGUACCUUUGUUGAGCCUUAAUCUUAGCAGAAGGCUGAUCGAGAUAUAGAUACCUAUAUAUCUAUAUAUCUAUAUAUAUGGGUUUUUUUUAAGAGGAAAAAAAUCAGGAUGCUUUCACAAAACAACAAAGUAUUUGCCUGCAGUUUUCUUUAAAUACUGCAAGAAUAUUACGUUAGGCUGCUCCUUAGUAACCAUUAAAUCAGAAAGGAGGUGAGGAUGUAGCUCGCCUUAAUCUCUGUUUAGUGCUUCUGUAAAUCAGCUCUGUGUCAAAACCCCCUCUACAAGCACUCAGAUCACUUUUCCUUAGUUCUUGUGUUUUCAGUGAAGAUGGUUGUAGUAUAUGAAUUCCAAGUCCAGGAAAUUUUCUGGGGAUUGGUUAAGUUUCACAUUUGUGAAAGAGAAACACUCCUGUAGGUAGAAUGAUAUGUUUGGCUGUUAAUGGGAUGCCUAUCAAAUUCUUUAAAGAAAGCUUGGUCUAGGCCCCAGGGAGUUUAUCAGUACAGAUGCAGAUGAUUUUAAUGCAUUAAAGGAUUACAUCAUUUAGAUGUUAAAUCAUUUAGAACGUUUAUAGUAAGGACUGAGACCCUCUAAUAAUUUUUCUCUUGAAUUCUCAUUUUAAUUUGUGCCAUGUUUUCAGGCAUAUGGACUACUAUUCAUUGUAUUUAUAUAGAUAUUAGGGAACCUACUAAGUAUUUUAACAAGUAAAAACCUGAAUAUGAAAGAAAAUAUCAGAUUUGCACUUUAAAUGAGCUUAAUUGCUGGGAGCUGUGUCGGAAAUAUUGAAAUGCCUCCUGUUAGGUGUGACUUUUUUGUUGCAAUAAAUUUCUAAUUGUUGCUGUUUGAAGUAUAGCCUUUCACAGAAUUAUAUUCUCAGCAUGUCACUUUUUCCAUUAAAGCACUACGUUCUUUGAAUGUUUCAUUGACCCCUUAAGUAUUUUACACAAUGCAUCAAAGAGAACAUGAUCCUCCUAUAGCUGUAAGUUCUGAAUCUUCCUAUAGCGUAGAUGGUGGUACAGACACAGAGGUACACGUUUCAUUUCUGAGCAAAGUUGUCAUGAUGGUUUCCUGGUCUCUAGGGCACUGGGGAUAUAAUUUGGAAUCACCAAAUAGGCUUGCAAUGAAGAUCAACAAGACUGCAGCACAUUUUAGUUUACUCUCAAACUUAUACAAUAGUUUUCGUGUUUAUAAAUUAGGGUGGUUAUGUUUGCAUGCUUAUGCACACAUUCGAAAAUUAAUUAUAGCUGUAAUCCAAAUACCUGAUACUUUCCUUUGGGACGAUGGCCUUGCUAUUUUUCUUAAUUCUGAUGCUUGGAUUAGAUUGUUCUAAUUUUCUUUCCACACCUCCCUUCAAUUUUUCUGCUGCAGUAAUUUGAAAGAAUAUGUAUAAAUAAACGAUUGUGAUGGUGGGCACCAGUCUACAACUAUGCUGUUAACUAAAGAUACAGCUUAUGUUUUAAUGCUGUUGGGGAAAAGCUAUCCAUUUUCUCCUUGGUAAAGCAUUGCCAUAACAAAAUAAUACUGACCCUAAGAAUUUAAAGCCUCUAAGUCAUUACUAACUAAAAACAGAAAACACCACAGUCUUUAAUAUCUGCAAUAUUUUUUCCCCAUGGAUUUAAAAAACCAGUUCAGAGUAAAUACUGUAUAUUAGAAUUUGCUUGUAAAAUGAAUUAUAAGAACUGAAUGUAAAGUCUUUUUCCUCAGAAUGUUGCAUAGUAAAUAAAAAUAAAGUCCAUAAUUAUAAAAA